AUGGCAAAACAAAAUACGGCAAAAACGCGAUAUGCCCCAACUGCAAUAUGGCAAAAACGCAAUAUGGCAAAAACGCAGUAUGGCAAAAACACAAAAAUGGCAAAAACGCAGAUAUCGGAACAACGCGAAUGUGGGAAAAACGCAAAUAUGGGAAAAACGCAAAUAUGGGAAAAACUUAGAUUUGGAAAAACGCAUAUAUGGGAAAAACGCAGAUAUGGGGAAAACGCAGAUAUGGGAAAAACGCAGAUAUUGGAAAAACGCAGAUAUUGGAAAAACGCAGAUAUGGGAAAAACGCAGAUAUGGGAAAAACGCAGAUAUAGGGAAAAUGCAGAUAUGGGAAAAACGCAAAUAUGGAAAAAACGCAAAUAUGGGAAAAACACAAAUAUGGGAAAAAUGCAAAUAUGGGAAAAUUGCAAAUAUGGGAAAAACGCAAAUAUGGGAAAAACGCAAAUAUGGCAAAAACGCAAAUAUGGCAAAAACGCAAAUAAGGCAAAAACGCAAAUAAGGGAAAAUCGCAAAUAUGGCAAGAAGCAAAUAUGGCAAAAACGCAAUUACGGCAAAAACGCAAUUACGGCAAAAACGCAAAUAUGGCAAAAACGCAAAUACGGCAAAAACGCAAAUACGGAAGAAACGCAAAUACGGCAGAAACGCAAAUAUGGCAGAAACGCAAAUAUGGAAAAAACGAAAAAGGCAAAAACGCAAAAAAGGCAAAAACGCAAAAAGCGCAAAGAUGCAAAAAAGGCAAAAACGCAAAAAAGGCAAAAACGCAAAAAAGGCAAAAACGCAAAAAGGCAAAUACGCAAAAAACGCAAAAACGCAAAAAUGACAAAAACGCAAUAA